AUGUACGGGUUGUCGCCCAACAAGUCACCAGAAAAACGUGAUUCUGAAGAGCCUGAUGCCGACGUCAAGCGCCAGAAACACGCAGCCACUCCAGAAGCGCCGGACGAAACGCUGACGCCGAAGUCUUCGCCAAUGGACGCGGACAAACACGCCCGACAGAAGCUGAAGAAGCAACAGGAGGAGGAGCGCAGACUGAGGCGCGAACAGGAGGCAUUGGAGCGCAAAAUGCGCAAGGAGCGCGAGGAGAACGAGAAACGCGCGCGCAGAGAGAAGCUGGAGGCAGAGAGACUGGCCCGGAAGGAACAGAAGGAGCGCGAGAAGCUCGAGAGACAGCAGAAAAGAGAGGCCGAGGCCAGGGCGCGCGAGGCCAAAAGACAGCAGGAGGAGGAGGAGAAGGCCCGGCGGCGGGCCGAACAGGAGGAACGCGCGCUCAAAAAAGCCGAGGCAGAGCUCGAAAAGCUGCGGGCCAAGGAGCUGGAGCAGCAGAAGCUACAGAAACAGUCGAUUACGAAUUUUUUCAAGCCCAAGGACACGAAAAGCCCGACCUCCAGCCAGCCGACGCCAGAGAAAGCCGCCAACAGUGACUACCACACGUAUUUUCUUCCGUUCAAUGUCCGUCCCGGUGUGCGAAUGGCGCAGAGAACGCCGCAGCAGAGUGCAGAGCUGGAUAAGUUUUUACAGGGCCAGCAGACAAGCUCUGCACCGUUCAGAGACUCCCUCGUUUCCAAGAAAAGUCCUCGUCUGUACGCAAAAGCAUCGGAUGUGAUCCAGGCUUACAACUUGGGCAUGGUCAAGGAAGCGCAGGAACAGCUGGACCGCGUGCCUAAAAAGUAUCUGCGGUUCUACGAGAACGCCAAGCCGCCGUAUUUGGGCACAUACUCGUUUUUGGUGACGAGUCUGGAUUUCAGGCUGGCGCUGAACCCGUUCACCAAAAUUCCACCGGACAUUUUACAGAUAAAUUACGACUUCGACUCAGACCUGGAAGAAGAAGACGACGACGACGAGGGUGAGGAUGUGGAGCUGGACGAGGACUCUGAGGAGGAUGAGGACGGCCAGCUGGACGAGUCGUCGGACAUCGAGCAGUUUGUCGAGACCGACGAGAACGGCGUUUCGACGAAAAAGACAGUCAUCGGGCCCCUGGUUCCUGUGGUCAGCUGGAUUGGCCAGGAAGCCGACGGGCAGGACCAGUUUGCGCAGUACUUCAGCGGACUCCAGUACGAACGUCUCAGACACAACAUCGAGCUGCCUAUCGACCCGAUGUGUGAUUACUGGGGCGAGGAGGAAGCACAGGAGCCGCAGAGUGCUAUCAAAUUUAUUGAGGACACACGGACGAGCGCUGGCGCCGUGGAGUCGGGUCCGAUGACCGUGAAAAAGAAGAUUAUCACCGACGCAGCGCACGUGGCCAAGCUGGCCAGCUUCAUAGCAGAAAACAGCGACUUCUCGAUCAACACGAUGACCGAGAUCGCGCAGAAACAGAUUCUGGCAGACUACUCGAAGGCGGUUGUGAAAAACAGCAUCAAGGAGCUGGCCACGUUCGACAAGAAGACCAACAAAUGGGCCGUCAAGCAGAGUGUAUAA